AAUGGGAAAGCAGCUGGUGCUGCAGCAGGGACUCGGUCAGCCAGUCCUUGUGAUCUUCCACCUAGAGAACGAUGGCCAGGCUCUUCGUGAUCUCGCUAGCGCUUAUCAGCACGUCAGUGGCUUGUACGUUUGAAGAGUCAUCCUUGAACCUCACUGGGAUCGUCUGCAGAAUGACCAAGCCAGCAGCAUUCGUGCUGAACCAGCAAACAGCUCAGGUCAUUCAAGCAGCAUUCAGACAUGCAACCUACCCUGAUAUCAGUGGGGAAAAGUCCAUGGCGUUUCUUGGCAAAGUGACCUAUGGGUUAACGAACAUACAGAUCAACGACUUGUCCAUAGAAAACAGUGAGGUAGAUUUUAAGGAAGAUGAUGCCAUAGACAUUGCAAUUCAGAACGUGACAGCAUCCUUCAAAGGGACCCUGAGUUAUGGCUACACCGGUGCUUGGUUUGUGAAACUCACCCACUCCAUUGAUUUUGAAAUUGAAUCCUCAAUUGAUCUCCAGAUCAACGCUAAACUGAUGUGUGCAAAGGGCCGGGUGGCGGCCGAUACCUCGGAUUGCUACCUGACGUUCUAUAAGCUGACGCUCCAUCUCCAGGGAGACAAACAGCCAGGGUGGCUAAAACAGCUCUUCACAGACUUCAUCUCAUUUACCUUGAAGCUUGUUCUAAAAGGCCAGGUGUGUAAAGAAAUUAACCUCCUGGCUCAGCUGCUGGCAGAUUUUAUACAGGACAGAGCAGCAAAUUUCCUCCAGGAUGGGGCUAUAGGAGUAGAUAUUUCACUGGCAUCAUUUCCAGUAAUAAAGGCAAACUACAUGGAAUCGCAUCAUAAGGGUCUGCUUUUGUACAAGAACUAUUCAGUCGUCUUCAGUGAUUCCAUGUUUGCUCCAUCUCUGCUCUCCGAGUCCAGGAUGCUAUACUUCUGGUUUUCAGACCAGGUCCUGAACUCUCUGGCCUUGGCAGCUUUCCUGGAUGAACGUCUGGUGUUAACGAUCACAGGGGAAGAGUUAGGGGAGAUGUUUGAAAUGGAAGACACGGAGGCUCACCAAGGGAUUGUGCAAGAGAUUUUUCAAGGCACUUCUUAUAAUGACUCGCUGGCUAAGGUCUGGAGUCUCACCCCUCCCCAGAUCACCCUCCAGCCUGAAGGGACCAUUGUGAGGUCAUCGGUUGCCGUGGAACUCACCCUUUUCUCCCAAGGAGCAGAGCCCACAGUGGUGUUCUAUUCUGAGAAGGAAGUCACUGUCACAAUCCAGUCUGCGUAUGUAGAAAAGAAACUGGUUUUGCAUCUCGCUGACUCUGUGAUAGAGCCUAAAGUUUUUAAAUGUGCUUUGGAGAGAGCUGGGGAUGACAAAUCUCUAAGCCACUUCCUGCAGAGAAUCAUCUCCGUUGCGGGAAUCCCAGAAGUGAUUUCAAGGAUUGAGCCAGCUUUAACUUCUCUGAUGAACAGCAAAGGACUCAAUCUAUUUGAAAUUAAAAAUCCUGAGAUCAUCACAAAGGAGGGAUACCUAAUUAUACAGCUGGACUUUGGCUUCCCACAUCAUUUGCUUGUAGAUUUUCUUAAGAAAACAUUAUAGAAGGAAUCCAUUCAGAAAGGAGUGCUGGAAUUGACUGUACAAAUAGAAAGAAUGCAUGUGACCCAAUAAAAUUAUGUCCUUUUUUGGGGUCAACUUCCUUAUAACCCAGCCAUUAAAAGUGAUAUUGUUGCUUUAAAAGUCUUAGGUGAUUUUCUGUGCAUAUGAAAGUGAACAGCUAAGUCAGUGGGUUUGGAUCAGGCCCUACUACCUAGUGCCGGGCCCAGUGAAGGAUUUAACUGGUCCAUUUUCAUCUCUGUUGAUGUAUCUUAGACAUGCAGCGUUUUAUUGUGCUAGUCCCAGGCUUCUUCUAGCCACCAGUCAUAUCAAAGGGUGUAGUGUGGUGAUAUUGACAAACCUGAGAGAUGAGACCACCAGACUUGCUUAACUUCCCGGAGAGUAACGUCAGAAGCAGUAAUGCCGAAAUGUCUAGGCAUGGUAUUUGUACCAGUAAGUUGGAUAUGACUUUGAAGUGUAAUAUGGCAGUCUCAAUGACUGAUGCUUAUAUAGAGGCAUCACAUCCUGGGACAUGAGAUGAUGGGUAUAGUCCCUUGCUACACCGUUUGCAACUGGUACAGUGUGUUCAGUUAUAGCCAUCUCAGUAACAGAGGGAUGGUGAUGCCAGUGGUGCAAGUUUACAAGCAGCAAAAAGAAGAGACUAGAAAGAGCACAAGAUACGAAUAGAUGGACCCCCCAGAACCAUGCAUUCUUUCUUAUGCUCCUGCAGUGCAAUGACAUUUUGGUGCCGUUCAAUCUCUUUUUUAUUUUCUUUUGUACCAAUUAUAUCUUCUUUCCAGCCAUUGUGUUUCUAUGAAGCUUUCAAUAUGGGGGAAAAAAGCUCAAAAGCAAAACAGGAGGAACAAAUACU